GACGGCGCCGCCCGCUCCCGCCGCAGCUGCCACCCGAUGAGCGGGGAGUGCUCGUGCCUGCCGGGCUGGGCCGGCCUGCACUGCAACGAGAGCUGCCCGCAGGACACGCACGGGCCCGGCUGCCAGGAGCACUGUCUCUGUCUCCACGGCGGCACGUGCCAGCCCGACAGCGGCCUGUGCCGGUGCGCGCCCGGCUACACGGGCCCGCACUGCGCCAGCCUCUGCCCCCCCGACACCUAUGGAGUCGACUGCAAGGCGCGCUGCUCCUGCGACCACGCCAUCUCCUGCUCGCCGGUCGACGGCGCCUGCGUCUGCAAGGAGGGUUGGCAGCGUGGUAACUGCUCCGUGCCCUGCUCGCCCGGAACCUGGGGCUUUGGUUGCAAUGCUAGCUGCCAGUGUGCCCACGAGGCAGCCUGCAGCCCCCAAACUGGAGCCUGUACCUGCACCCCUGGGUGGCACGGGGCCCACUGCCAGCUCCCCUGCCCGAAGGGGCAGUUUGGUGAAGGCUGUGCCAGCCGCUGUGAGUGUGACCACUCUGACGGCUGCGACCCUGUUCGUGGACACUGCCGGUGCCAGGCCGGCUGGACGGGGACCCGCUGCCACCUGCCCUGCCCCAACGGCUUCUGGGGAGCCAACUGUAGUAAGAGCUGUACCUGCAAGAAUGGGGGCACCUGCGUCCCCGAGAACGGCAACUGCGUGUGCGCCCCCGGAUUCCGAGGCCCCUCCUGCCAGAGAUCCUGCCAGCCCGGCCGCUAUGGCAAACGCUGUGUGCCCUGCAAGUGUGCCAACCACUCCUCCUGCCACCCCUCGGACGGGACCUGCUACUGUCUGGCCGGCUGGACAGGCCCCGAUUGCUCCCAGCCAUGCCCUCUAGGACACUGGGGAGCCAACUGUGCCCAGCCCUGCCAGUGUCGCCAUGGAGGCACUUGCCACCCCCAGGAUGGGAGCUGUUUCUGCCCCCCAGGCUGGACGGGACACCUCUGCUUGGAAGGCUGCUCUCCCGGGACGUUCGGAGCCAACUGCUCCCAGCCAUGCCAAUGCAGUCCUGGAGAGAGGUGCCACCCGGAGACUGGGGCCUGUGUGUGUCCCCCAGAGGACAGCGGUGCCCCCUGCAGGAUUGGAAACCAGGAGCCCUUCACCAUGAUGCCUACCUCUCCGGUGACCUAUAACUCGCUGGGGGCAGUGAUUGGCAUCGCAGUGCUGGGGUCCCUGGUGGUGGCCCUGCUGGCGCUGUUCAUUGGCUACCGCCAUUGGCAAAAAGGCAAGGAACAUCAACACCUGACGGUGGCCUACAGCGGCGGGCGCCUGGACAGCUCCGAGUACGUCAUGCCAGAUGUCCCCCCAAGCUACAGUCACUACUACUCCAACCCCAGCUACCACACCCUGUCACAGUGCUCCCCGAACCCCCCACCCCCUAACAAGGUUCCAGGCAGUCAGCUGUUUGCCAGCCUCCAGGUCCCCGAGCGGCCAGGGGGUGCGCAUGGCCUGGAUAACCACAGCACCCUGCCUGCUGACUGGAAGCACCGCCGGGAGCCCCCACCAGGGCCUCUGGACAGGGGUAGCAGCCGCCUGGACCGAAGCUACAGCCCCAGCUGCAGCAGCCGCGGCGGCCCAGGCCCGUUCUCUAGCAAAGGGCCCAUCUCUGAGGAGGGGCUGGGGGCCAGCCUGGCUUCCCUGAGCAGCGAAAACCCCUACGCCACCAUCCGGGACCUGCCCAGCCUCCUAGGGAGCCCCCGGGAGAGCAGCUACGUGGAGAUGAAAGGCCCUCCCUCCGGGUCCCCCCCCAGGCAGCCCGCUCAGCUCUGGGACAGCCAGAGGUGGCGCCGCCCCCAGCCACAGAGAGACAGUGGCGCCUACGAACAGCCCAGCCCUCUGACCUGUGACCGAGACUCUGUGGGCUCCCAGCUCCCACUGCCUCCGGGCCUGCCCCCUGGCCACUACGACUCACCCAAGAACAGCCACAUCCCGGGACACUAUGACUUGCCUCCAGUACGGCACCCCCCAUCACCCCCGCUCCGGCGCCAGGACCGCUGAGGGGUCAGGACGGCAUGUGGGCACCAGCAUGCCUGUUCUUUGCUGCCCGAGGUUGGGGACAGAGCCUGCUGGACCCUGCCAGGAGCAGGGAGAGGACCGGCAGACCGCGAAUAUGAGCACGUUUACUAGAGGAAGUGAAUGUGGAGGGGACAGGGCCUGGCUCCCAGCUUCCAGCGCGGGACACCGUGGUCAGCAGGAAGCCCGCGUUCCCUUUCGUCCAUGUUCCAACCUGCUGCUCCCCAAGGCCCCAGGGCCCUUGUGCAUAAACUGGUGGGAUGAAUGUUGCUAGAAAAGUCUGAUUUCAGAUUAAUGUCAAAAAUGUACAUUGGGUUCCUUUUCUGUGUACUCCCAGGCUGGGCUCCGUGUGUGUGUGUGUGUGUGUGUGUGUGUGUGUGUGUGUGUGUAGCUUCAGAGGGCUUUGAGGCCCACAGCCUGUCCUGGGGCACUCACUGUGUAGUCGAGAGGCAGCCCAAACCAGUUAACUCUAGCAAUAGCCUCACUGGCCUCCCUGCAUCCACUUGGUACGUGCUCCAACCAACUGCUCAGAAUACGAGGUGGUUACCUGACCUCCAUCUGAAAGUCUUCCUGGGCGCCCCAUGGCUCUGGGGCCAGAGUCAAAACUGCCAGAGGCCUUAGGGGCUCUGCUGGCCUGGCCUAUCUCUUCAGCCUCAGCUGGAACUGUGUUCACUGUCACUCCGUUCCAGUCACCCUGGGCUCCAGGUCCUACCGGCCACACUUCUUCCUACCACAGGGACUUUGCACAUCCGUCCUCUUCUCUUUCACUCACCUGUUCACUGCUGUUUGUCCUUCACAUCCUCUCUCCAUGGAAGUGCCCCUCUUGCUGGGCACGGAUUACAGCUGUGUGCAUUCACUGGAUGCCUGGAGAAGGCCCUCAGGGUACCAGCUCUCUCUGGAAUGUGUUGUUUCUUCAUGUGAUCGUUUGAUUAAUCUCUGCCUCCCUCACCAGACUGCGGGGUCCCCCAAGGCAGUUACCAUGUAUUGUACUCAACACUGGUUCCCCUUGGCACACAGUAGGCACUCAAUAAACGUUCCCCAAAAGGC